ACAAUGGGCUUGAGCUGCAGAACAUAAAUAUUCCUUCAAAUCCAGAGAAAGUUAUUCCAAUUUAUACUCCAGAUAACGUAUUUGUUAAAGUAUUUAUGACACACUCCAGCGAAAAGUCGGCGCUUGGACUAGCGUCAUUCGCGCAAGGUUUCCAAAAACAGGCACAUGUUGCAUUAUAUGGUAUUGGAGUGGACGAUACGUCAUUUGAGAGGAGUGAAUAUGGAACGGUGCUGACACUCGCUCGUAGAUAUGUAGAUUUAAUAAAAAAAAUCCAGCCUGAAGGUCCAUUUUAUCUUGCUGGCUACUCGUUCGGCGGUCUGUUGGCUUACGAAAUGGCGAGUGAGCUGAAAAGAAAUGGUGAAACUGUUGCAAUGGUGUUCAUGGUGGAUACGUUCGCAUGGCACCCUAAAGCCCUAACAAACGGUAAAGAAUUGAUGCGAAAGACCACCGAGUUAACCUUAAAGUCAACGGAAAAAUAUGUGACAAGACGACUGCUCGAAAAAAUUGCUUUCGUCGAAAUGGGUAAGAGUAAACAUGACGUCAAUGAUUAUUACGAGGAAUUGCAACAUCAGGAAAAGGUUAUUGAUGUUUUGGAGGAUGAAGCUGCUGAAAAGAAUAUUGUGCUUCGUUUGAAAGAAAGAAUUGAGACAACUAAGUACGAAGUCAGAUCUGCUGCUGAAGCUCAUUUAGAUUGGCAGCCUUCUAAGGUAUCCUAUGACGGGGUAUUGACAUUCGUUUGCUGUGACGAAACUAAGUCAUUCUCUCUUAGCAAGCCAGAGAUAUGGAAAACGUUAGUUGAGAGAAUGGAUUUCCUUUACGCCCCUGGAAGUCAUCUAAAAGUACGAGAUGGAGCUAGUGGAGAAACGUGUGGAUCCAUGAUAAUGACAACAGCAGCAAUGAGCUACCUUUCCAAAUCUCUACACCACAAUUUCCAGGCUGUAAGAACAAGGCGUGAAGAGAAAUUGGUGGAAUUUCUAAAGCAAGGAAUUGUUAUCUGGAUGCUUUCAAAUUUGACAAACAUCAUGCCUGGUAGGCAUGUUGAUGAAAUCCGUAAACGCCAUGGCAACAAUCCUUUCAUUGAUUUCCUCACUUGUAUGUUGACCAAAAACGGCGGGCUUUGGACGUUUCAUUCUUUGGAUUUUCAGCGGCUCAAAUUGCUGGUCGAUGCUUUAGAAGCUCUUUUUGGAAUACCGUUCGUGCAGUGA